UUGGAUGUGAAAAGUGCAAUAUAACUCAACUGAGCUACUUCCAUUGAUUUUUGGAAGGAAUUGCAUUUAUUUAUAUGUAAACACUUUUUUCGUGGCCUCUUGUCGGCGAAAUGGAUACACGAAGAGAUUCAAAUGUUACAGAACGAACAGAUAUCACAAGUAGGCACACGUUACGACGUAAUCAAGAAACGGACAAUCCUUGUUACAAGGAGCAUCUCAUGUCCCUAAAAUGUCUUAAUUCCAAUCCCGAUAAAACCGAGAACCCAUGCGAGUUAUAUUUCAUCAAUUACAAGAACUGUAAAGAUUUCUGGGCUUCUGUGCGACGUGAGCGCAGGUCGAAAGGUAUCAAACCGUACCUACCGCCUCCGGAGGAGCGCGCCAAGAUAAAGACCGAUUUCCUAAACUCAAGAUAGUGAUAGAUACAGCACACGGCUUCAUUUGUAAAAAUAUUUUUUAUUCCGUAAUAUUCUUCGGUGUCUCGCAAUAUUACAUUGUAAUAUAUUACGUAUGUAUAUAGUCCAACAGAAUUUAUAUAUAAGCUUGAAAUAUAUUAAAUCCACAUUGAAAAGAAACUGAUGUUUACACUAUUACCAUCUAAAUUUCUUAUUUCGAUACAUGUUAAUAUUAUUUUACAUAUACUUGGAAAACAUAUUACUCUGUGAUGUAUCUACAAUUGCGAUCAAAACUGUAGGACAAACAAAAAAGAGAGAAACUAGCUAUCGAUGCUGCUGCAACACUACAUCCCAUUGUAGCAGAAUUUUACACUGCAAUUUAUGAAAAUUAUACAAGAUGAUAUAAUAAUUAUAUAAUAAUUUGUACACAUAUCUUAUAUAACGCAAAUGUACAUUCGACACAUAAACAAUAAUGCACUCGAUUCUUUCUUACUUAAUA